AUGUCGUUUACUUCUGGAAAAAUUAAAAUGAUGAGCACACUCAUGGAUGAUCCGAUUAAAAUAUUUCUAAAAAAUAUACAAAAACAGAAGGAUGAAUAUUUUAAUAUUCAUCAACACUUUAAAAAUUUUACCUUUGAUAUCGUCUGUCGAUCUGCUUUCGGAAUUGAAACAAACGUACAGAAUGGCGAAAUUACAAAUCUCGUGAAAGCCGUAUAUAAUGUUUUCAGUUCUGAUUCUACUGAUAUUUUAUCCGUAUUAUCACUUUGUUUUCCGGAAUUCGAACCUGUUCCCACGUAUGUAAGAUGGUUUCUAGAUGCUAUCAAGAAUGUAAUCAGGCUUUCUUCCAUAAGAAUUCUCAUCGAUACUUGUAGACAGAUCAUUGAUUCUCGCAAGAAAUCUAAUUAUCAUCCUCCCGAUCUAUUGCAAACUUUAUUGGAUGCAGAAGGCGACUCGAGUGUUAAGAUGAAAAAACUUAGCANUUUCGCAUACGAAGACAACCUGAAACAGCAAUAUAUCUAA